CUAGUACAGUUUGACCGGUCAAGUAAUUUACACCAUCAUUUUUGGCGCCACCCGUGGGACUUUUAAGGUUUCUUCUCUUCUAAAACCUACCCACAAGAAAACCACUCGAAAUGUCUUCCAGCCAACAGAUCAACGCUACUUCCACUCAGGUGCAUGCCACCAACGAGGGUACCAGCAUCCCUGUGGCUGCUACCAUACCGGUCAUUUCAGCCCCGGUGUUGCCUUUGGGUCUGAGCUCUGUUCCGACGGCCAGCGUGAUCAGUCCCUUCGCGACCCCCGUCCCUUCCGCUGGACCGAGAGUUACGUUCCCACCAAGCAUGGCUCAGUUCAUGAAUGACCCAGCCAACCUACAAGCCAUCCAGGGCUUUGGCCAGGUCAUGGCCAUGUGCCAGCAGAGCGGGGGGAUGCCUUUCCUCCCUGGUAUGUUCCCAUUCGCCCUUCCAGGCGCGGGAACCAUGCCCCUACAAGCUCCGAUGGCGGUGACGUCGUUCCAGACGCCGAUGCCGCAGCCAUCACCUUUCCAGCCCCAGCUGGUCAGCACCAUGGCCCCUGUCAACUUGACCGGUGCACUUAACGUUGCAGGGCCGUCGCGUCCCCCGCAGGGUACGAAUCCGCAAGUCACCCCUGAUGGUCAUUGUGUCUCAAUUGAGAGCGAUGACGGCGAGUGGGACGUUUCAAGGGCCCACAAGAAGAAGAAAGGAAAAAACAUCCGGCCAGCGACCUUCCGAAACUCCGCCUUCGAAAGACUGGGGGAUAGGGAGGAAGGCCAGAGGAAGUCAGCCAAGCAAAGACUGGGGCAGAGCGUUGCCCAUGUCAGCGCGUUCGCCCGGCUAGGCGAGGUGCGGGAGGCCGAGCCUGCCCGCACCCGGCGCUCCCAGUCUAACCGGCAGGAGCCAGCAAGGACGAGGGCCUCUCGUCAGGAAGAGGAAGCAGAGAGUCAGCCCAGGUUACCGGUGGCGAACCGGUUGACCAUCCCAAAUGACCGCAUCCAGCAGAUGGAGGCAAAACUAGAAAGGCUGGAGAAGAAGGUCGGAGAGAAGAAUGACCGGGACAAACCCCAAGCAGUGUCCCCGUUCACCACAAGGGUCCAUUUGACACCUUUCCCGCGAAAGGUUAAGAUCGACGCCCCUAGAUUCACCGGGAAGGAAGAUCCGGAAAUCCAUCUGGACUCCUUCAACCAGAGUGCGACCAUGAACGGUUGCACCGAUGAAGAAAAGUGCCUACUUUUCUUCCAGACCUUGCGGAACCGAGCCACUGAAUGGUUCAAUAAGCUUCGCCCGGGAAGCAUUAACUCGUUCAGUGAUUUGGCCUCAAAAUUCAAGGCCAAGUUCCAGGAGAAUUGUACUAAGAGGAAGAAAUUCACCUAUCUUAGUACAGCCGGGCAGAGGGAGUCUGAGAACCUUACUCAGUUCCUUACCCGGUGGAAGGAAGAGGUAGACAAGGUGGAAGAGAUGGAUGACAAGACCGUCCUCUCCCUCCUCUUAAAUGGCUUACGUGCUGGGGAACUAUACAAGGAGUUCUGCCGGAAACCCGCAGCCACGUACCAAGAGGCCUACCAUACUGCAUGGGAGUUUGCUGAAGCUGAAACCCAGCUCCGGGCAAAGAGAGAAGCUGAGCAUGGUCACAAGCCCAAGCCGGUGCAAGUCAAGAAGGAAGAAGCACCGGGACCUAGCCGGCCGAGGCACCACUAUGACCCGGUCAUCCGAGUGGUCAAUACGCCAGCUGCCCUGGGAGAUGACCGGGACAACGACCGGCGGAGGAAUAACCGGCCAAGGGAGCGGCAACCUGCUCCCGAAAAAGAGCACAUCGGCAUGAUCUUCGGCGGACCCGAGGGUGGAGAUUCAGCCGCGCAGCGGAAGAACUGGGUCCGGAGCAUUUACGUUGGAGAGGUAAGUGCUGAACCGCCCAGGCGUAAACAUACUAGGAGAGAGCCUAUCGUCUUUACUGACCGGGAUCUCCCUCCUACCGGUGAAGAUCACAAUGAUCCAUUGGUCAUCACCAUGGACAUUAAUGGGGUGGAUGUCGCCCGGGUACUUGUUGACACCGGCAGCAGUGUCAACAUCUUAUACCUGGAGACCUUCCAAAAACUCAGGUUGUGUCGAACACAACUUGAACCCCUCAAAACCCCUCUCUCAGGCUUCACGGGGGACACCGUUGAAGCUGAAGGAUCCAUAGUUCUACCGGUCGAACUAGGAUCAGGUGAAAAGACCGUGUGGAAGAAGAUGCGGUUCAUAGUUGUGGACAUCAAAUGCGUCCACAACGCAAUUCUUGGAAGGCCAGGCAUCAAUAGAGUCGGGGCGGUGAUUUCCAUGCCUCAUCUAUGCAUGAAGUUCCACACUCCAGGCUUCACGGGGGACACCGUUGAAGCUGAAGGAUCCAUAGUUCUACCGGUCGAACUAGGAUCAGGGGAAAAGACCGUGUGGAAGAAGAUGCGGUUCAUAGUUGUGGACAUCAAAUGCGUCCACAACGCAAUUCUUGGAAGGCCAGGCAUCAACAGAGUCGGGCCGGUGAUUUCCAUGCCUCAUCUAUGCAUGAAGUUCCACACUCCAGGUGGUGUGGGUGAGGUGAAGGGCGACCAGAGGAAUGCCCGGGAGUGCUAUGCCCGGGCAGUCAAGAAAAUGACCAAGGGGGUCAAUGUCAUCUCCCAAGAAAUCAAAAAGGGAGAGACCCGGGAGAAAUUGGAGCCCGAGGCCGAGACGGUGGAAAUCGAACUUCACCCGGGUGAUUCUUCGAGGAUGGUCCGAAUUGGAACAAAUCUCCCCGAGGAUCUCAAGGUAGAAAUCACACGGGUCCUCCAAGAAUACGCAGGCAUAUUCGCAUGGAGCGUGGCGGAUAUGCCCGGGAUAGAUCGCUCUAUUAUCUGCCACCGGUUGGCCGUGAGGGAAGGAAGUCGACCGGUACGCCAGAAGAAGCGGUACCUAGCCAGUGACGGGCGAGACUUCGUCAAGAAGGAAGUGAAAGACCUCUUCAGUGUUGGUCACAUCCGGGAGGUCAAAUACCCGGAUUGGCUGGCCAACGUUGUCCUCGCUCCCAAGGGCGACACGUGGAGAAUGUGUGUGGAUUACACGAACUUGAACAAGGCCUGUCCGAUGGAUUCAUACCCCCUCCCCAGUCCAGAUCAAAUGGUGGACGAAACUGCGGGGUGCGAACUCCUAAGUUUCAUAGAUGCCUUCAAGGGUUACCACCAAAUCUAUAAUACCCCAACCCGCGUAACCCAAACCCGUGAGAUAGCGGACCGGUGUGCCACUGGAUUGGUAUCCGAAUAUACAACAUUUUCAAAACAAUUUUAAACAAACGUUUUUUCAAUACAUAUAAAAAUCCAUCGGAGUAAUUUAAAAUAAUGCGGAAGCCUUUUUAAAGUCAAACAACUUGGGAUCUUGCCCGAAAACGUAAUAAGCAUUAAAGUUAAUUAAAUAAAGCAUAAUCAACAGAUUAAAGAGACAGCCACGCCAUCGUACAUCUCCUCCUCAAUGCCCUCUGGGAUCGGCUCUAGGUUCAUCUGUC